AUGUCUGCCAUCAGCAGUGGUAUGGAAAGAGCAGUCACAACAGGUGAUGAGCAAAUAAGCAGAGGAAUGAAGAAUCCAGUGGGAGCAGCAAUUCAGAAUCAAAGAGCUGGACACAGCCGCCGGGAUAGCACAAUGCUUGGCCCAUUGCAGGUAACCAGUGAUACUGGGGGAACUGACUGGUACCUGAGCCAGGGCACACUCAGAAAAGCCACAGCUGCCCCUGGGCUCUUCAGGAGACCCUCCAACACUAGCAGUACUAAUGCUGAUGAAGAUCAGAUCAAGGAUAAGCUGGAACAGUUGAGAUGUCACUUUACAUGGGAGUUGGUCAUUAAGGACACUGAAAUACCUGAAUUAGAAAACAGGGUCUUGGAGCAGAUUGAGUUCCUAGACACCACAUACAAAGUGGGAAUAUACAACUUACUGGCCUAUGUGAAACACCUGAGAGGCCAGAAUGAGGAAGCCUUGAAGAGUUUGAAAGAAGCUGAAGACUUAACCCAGCAAGAACAUGCCAACCAAUCAGACAUGAGAAGUCUGGUUACCUGGGGCAACUAUGCCUGGCUGCAUUACCACAUGGGCCGACAUGCAGAAGCCCAGAUUUACCUGGACAAGGUGAAGAACACUUGCAGGAAGCUUGCAAAUUCCUCCAGCUAUAGAAUGGAGGGUCCUUAUAUGGACUGUGAGGAAGGAUGGGCCUUGCUGAAAUGUGGAGGAAGCAAUUAUGAACGGGCCAAGGUCUGCUUUGAAAAGGCUCUGGAAGUGGACCCUGAAAACCCUGAAUUCAGCGCUGGGUAUGCAAUCACCGUCUAUCGCCUGGAGAGCUUUAACAAAGCAGUACGGCAUACUGGGGAAUUCUGUCUGAAUACCCUAAAACAGGCUGUCAGGCUAAAUCCAAAAGAUGCAUAUAUUAAGGCUCUCCUUGCCCUGAAGCUUCAAGGUGUAGGACAAGAAGCUGAAGGAGAAAAAUACAUUAAAGAAGCACUGACCAACGCGUCCUCAAAGAUCUAUGUCUUCCGAUAUACUGCCACGUUUUACCGAAGAAAAGGCUCUCUGGAUAAAGCUCUUCAGUUCUUAAAACUGGCCUUGAAAGCAACACCCUCCUCUGUCGUCCUGCAUCACCAGAUGGGGCUUUGCUACAAGUCACAAAUGAUCCAAAUAAAGAAAGCUACAAACUGUCAGCCUAAAGGACAGGAUAAAGAAAACGUCAACAGAAUAAUACAGUCAGCCAUAUCUCAUUUUGAAUUUGCUGUGCAACAAAAGCCCACAUUUGAGUUUGCUUACAUAGACCUGGCAGAAAUGUACACAGAAGCAGGUGACCACAGAAAAGCUGAAGAUGCUUAUCAAAAGGUGUUAUGCAUGGAAUCACUCAACAAAUAUAUGCUGCAACAGGUACAUUUCCACUAUGGCCGAUUUCUGGAAUUAAAAAAAAAAUCUGAAGUUGAUGCAAUCAGCCAUUAUUUAAAAGCAGCAAAAAUAGAAAAGGCAUCAUUAGCAAGGAAUAAAAGUAUCAGUUCUUUGAAGAAAUUGGCUUUAAAGAAACUUCAGAGCGAUGCCUCAGAUAUGGAAAGCUUGUGCAUCCUUGGGUUCAUCCAAAAAGUAAAAGGAGAAAUGAAUGAAGCCCUGGAGUAUUAAGAGCAGGCCCUGAGGCUGGUUCCUGUCUUGGAGAACUCUGUGCUUGUGACCUGUAGGCACUGAAAUAUGGACCACUCUUACAUAUCAUUUGGUUUUACAUCAACAUAUACUAAUCAUCUUUCCUGCUUGCUGCUUUCAGAAACAUGUAAUUCACUGCAAUGAUGUAAUCUUUGAACAAUUACUCAAACCUGAUACAACAUUGGUUGUAUUGAGAAAAUAGUGAAACAGACUAUACAGGUCUCUGUGUGUGAAAGAGAGAGAGGAAGAGAGAGAAGAACCAUUUCUCUGUGAAUGUUAUAUAGUAGAAAAAAAAAAGUUUGCUGAGUAGAUUUGUAGCAAGUAAAACACUGGCCUUGACAUGGAGCCAACCUAAAUGUCCAUCGACAGAUGAAUGGAUAAAGAAGAUGUGGCACAUACAAACAAUGGAAUAUUACUCAGCCAUAAAAAGAAACGAAAUUGAGUUAUC